GUACGGGGGGCAGCGGCAAUGCCAAAGGCAGAUAGAUAACUUCUUCCCGCCACGGCAGGCGGGGAAUGAGGACGGCUUCAGCCAUCCUUUUUUGCUGCGUGAAUCCCUCUCCAAGGAUGUCGGCGGACCCCCCGCAGCAGCUCACGUCGGGGGUGGUCUAUGACCCACAGCUCAAGUGCUGGGUAGCGUGCUGGGUGGACGAGCGCGGGCAGCAGCGCGAAACCGCCUACUCGGUAGAGUACUUCAGCGAUCUGGGCGCUCGCGAGAUGGCCGCAGCACGCCAUCAGAUGGCCAUCGAGUCCAUGGCGGCGGCCGUUAAGGCGCACACUAAGGCGGGCUGUAGCGGGGGUGCGGGUGGGGUGGAAAUGGGGGUGCCGACGGCUCAGGUCAGUACUGCACGUACAGAUCUUGAUUGAUGCGGAAUCUGCUGUCCCUGUUUGCACUGGUUGGUUGCAGGGUGCGAAGGCCCACGGUGCUCAGGUUGGCGGCGGUAGCUACGGUAGUGUCGGGCCCCUCGUGCAGCCGAUGCAGGGCGGCAGCACCAGCAAAGGAUACCAGGUGAUUGGUACCAUCCAGAGUGCCGAAUCGCCGACUCAGUCCAAGAAGGCCCCUGCUGCCGUGGGUGCGUCCAUGCCGCUCGGCGUCGAGGGCAGCAGCAGCCUGGUGGAGGACCGUGGGGUGUGGUACGACAAGCGCACCGCCUCUUGGUGCGCAUCAUGGACCCAAGACGGCGAGGAGCAGGUGGCAUUCUACCACGUCCCCACGUACACAUUCUGGGGAGGUAAGGAAACCCGUCAGCGACACGGUGUCUCUCUCGUGUCCCCCACACCCACCCGUCUAUUACGGCCUGAUUAUGGUUAUCUCUCAUGUCAUGAAUGGCGCGUUUUCUUUUCAGCGUACCAGCGGGCAGUGCAGCGGCGUGACGAGGCAGUCAAGAGUUAGGUAGAGG